AACUGGAAAAAACGGAAUGAAAUAGUGAAAAAAACUUUUGGUAGCGGGAUAGCGUGUUGCUAGCCGCAGUUUAUAUUGCCAUAUAUGGCGUUUUUCACACAAUAGAAGUACAAUGGGAAGCUUUCCAUGACAGAUAUGCAAGCAUACGACACGGCUUAGAGAUUUGACUGUCUUCUUUCGCUCCCUUGCCUUUAAUAUAUUCAACAAAUUGGAUAACCAUGAGUUAUAACUAUUAAGUCAAUAAUUUGUCUACAUUUUUACAAGGUUGGUUUUAUAGACUCCUUCAAAAUGAGGGCAACGAACACUGCGAUAGCCGAGGACAGUAGUAGGUUGUCUUAACUUAAAGUAAGUUAACUUAAAGGUUUCUAAAGUAGCGCUCUAAAUCGAAGAAUAAAGGUUGUUUGAUUACAAAAAUAUGGCUGAAAAAAAAGCUGGCAUGAGGUCCUCGUUAUCUGCUGAUGAUGUGGGAAAAGCCUUCAAGAAACCUGGUAAAAUAUCAGCUGAUUUCUUGGCACAGUUCGAAUCUGACACUGCACUAUCUGGUAGUAAUAGUUCGCUUCAAUUUCCUCAUGCGACGCCAGGACAUGGGUUAAGUUCUGACAUGGCUUCAACAUCAGCCUCACAUGAACAUCUAGCUCCUGCAAGAAGACCAAAUGUAAGAAUCUCAGAACCACCUCAUAGCAGUAAUGAAGAAAUAGCUACUGGGAUAGAGCAUGAUGCAGAAUAUGAUGAGAAACCUGAGAAAAAGAGAAAAUCUAUAUGGAAAUGGGGUCCUUUGAAAAAAGUUAGAAAAUUCUUCAGUCGUAAGAAAAAUUCCAGGAGAGCUAAAUCAUGUGAGGACUUGCCUGUUUCCAGUAGAUUGACAGUAGAUAAGUCUCGCAGGCAUCGCACCACCUCAACCCCAAUGCAUCAUAAUGCAGAUGUGCAUGAUAAAUCAUCACCAGUCGUGCGAACAAGGAGUAUGCCACCCCAGAGCCCUAAUACAGUACUUCGGGAAGCCAAGAAACGUCAGGCAAUCAGUCAUGAAGAAAUCCGUGAGGCAGAGAGAUCACCAAAACCAGUGUCCAAGACAUACUCCUUACCCACCUUACAUGGCCCUGGAAUUCGUUCACAAAGAGACUUGUACACUGAUGAAGCUGCUGUUAGCUUUGAAAGUGAUCCUAAUGCCUCAUCCAUUGAGGGACUCCAGGCAGCACAUGACAAAAUCAAAGCAGCUCCUAAGAAACGAAGACCCCCAACGCGUGGGAGGUCCCGGACAUCAUCUCUAGGGGUCGGAGACACACCUGUAACCCAAGACCCAAAGGCACACAAACGGUCUAGGACGGACCCAAAAGACCUAACCAGAGAAAGAACCAGCAGCGGGAACCGGCUUGAUUCAAGCUCACUGUCAGAUAUUUUGAACAAUACUAUAUUUGAGACUUCAGAAUUGGGCGAGGAGGAAGAAGGACAGGCCGUGACCUCCCAACCGGAGACUUCCCAAAGAGACAAGGAGCAACAAGACUCAGUCAUAGAUGAUGUUAUGUCAAGGGUUAAUAAUGUCCUUGCUCAAACCAGUGGCCCAUCGAGGUUGUCCCAGAGUGGUUCCCCUUCUACUAAACUUCGAGCUGCAAAAGUAGACUUGAAGAAUACAGCGGAAACGACGGAGAAAAAGAAAUUAUCUGUUUCAGAGAAAAGAAAAAGCCUUCCAAACAGAAAAACAGUUGACAAUGAAGGAUCUGAUUUGGACAGAACAUUGAAAGGAAUGUUGGAGGAAAGAGAGUUAACUAUGGCAGAGAAACGAAGGAGUUUUCCAGGGAAGACAAUAGUGGAAGAAGGAGUUAAGAAAAAAGAGCUUACUGUGGCAGAAAAGAGAAGAAGUUUCACAGACAAGUUUACAGAUGAAAAGCCGAAAAAGCUAGAGUCGAGCAAGACACCGAAAGAAAGUUUUGAAAAAAAGGAAUUAACUGCACAAGAAAAAAGGAAAAGUUUUACAGAGCAAAAAUCUCAAGAAUCGACAGGGAAGAGAGAAAAGAGCGUCAGUAGCUUCCCAAAGAAGGAAAGUGUAUCAAGCUUUGCUGAUUCCAUUCGAAGCUCUCGCGCUGAGACAGAGAUCGUCAUGGCAGAAAAUACUUGCCAGCUUGAGAGUGAAGUCACUUUUGAAGACUUCGAGUUCGACAAGUUACUAGACAAUGAACCGACCACUUCCAAACAGUCCACUGACGACAGUAAAAAAGAAAGCGAAGGUAGUCCCAAAAAGCAGGAGCAGCAGCAGAAGGAUAGCAUCAAACCGGCUGUACCUUUUAAACGCGGCAAAUCAUGGUCCAAUAAUUACAAACCGAAACUUCAAGAAUUUCCAUUCAAGCUAGAUAGUACGGAACCUAGCCCGGUGAAAAAGGAAGCCCAAACAAAUGUUUUAACUGAAAAACCAGAAUUGGUUCAACAAGAGCAAGUAAUUCGAAAGAAAGAGAACAAGUCUGACACUUCAGAGAAAUCUAUUCCGUCUCAGUUUAGCAGAACUAAAUCCUGGUCUUAUGGUACUAAACCAGGAGAUGUUCGCAAGGCCAAUGCGAAGGAAAAUCAAGCCCCAGCUGUAGAGAACGAGAAAGAUGAGCCGGCAUGGGUAGCUAGUGCUAAGCAGAAGUCAAGAAGAAUGUCUCAGUUGUUACUAGACGACGAAACCUCGGAAAACCAGACACCAACCCUCGUUAAACCGAAUAAAAACAGCAUUAACAAACCUCCAGAUUCGAAGCCUCAGACCUCACCAAAACCAACAAUAAAGGCACAAGCCAAACCAGACUCGAUGUUUGAAAAACAACCUUUUAAAGCGCCUGUCAGGCCUUCUAAACCACCAGUUGCUACAAAAGAACAAGUUAAACCCUCGACUCACGAAAAUCCUCACAAACCAUUUGUUAUUGUCAAAGACAAGGGACCACUGAAAGCAAGCAAUUUAUAUGGAAGAAGCUCGGCAACGUUACCGGCGAGAACAGAUAAGAAUAUUACGGGACAAAAUGCAAUGGGCAAGAAUAAUACUAGACAGUCAUUGAAUUUGUCCUCCAAUGAAACAGCCGCAAAUAAAAAGCCAUUUGGCGGAAUAAAAAUCGAUAAGUGUAUCAUCUGUGGAACUAAAGUUUACCAGAUGGAGAAAUGUAAGUUUGACGACAGUGUGUUACAUCGGGACUGUAUGAAGUGCUCUGUGUGUAAGAGGCAUUUGACGGUGGGGAAUUUCGUUAUGGCUGAGAGCAAGAUUUAUUGCAAACCUCAUAGCCUCAUAGUAACUGUCGGCUCUACGUGAAGUCAGAUGUGUGCUACACUAGGGUUCAUGCAUCGUGCUCUUUAUUACUUUAAGCUAAGACGAUAAUACCUCCUCGGUCGCACAUGCAUCAGACUGCUUUAAAGAACAUUAGGUUUUUGUAAACUAACGUUUGUAUAUGGCAAAUUUCAAAAGUUCCUUGGGAUAACGACCCAACGGCGGGUCAUUGAACGAAACAGUUCCAUUUUACUAGUAGUCGAAUUCUGUGUAGUGUUUGCAGUGCCCUCAUUAUUCUCCUGUACAACUGUUUCAUUUGGACCACGGCAUCCCACGUGUAGACCCCUCCCUUGCAUUCCAGAGGAAUGGGAGGAAAAAAUCAGGGACCGUCUUGGCUCUGGCUGUAACCUACAACAAAAGGCGAAUCUUGGAUUUUAAAAUUGGAUUCAAUCUUUGGCAAGUAUUUUAGUCCCUCGUGGCAGCAGAUAAUCUAACCCGACAAGAGACUAAACAAAAAGUUAACAUUAAAACUUUGUGUAAAGUUAACGACAUAGAGUUUGGAUUUCAGGUACUUAGCUAGCCGAUAUGGCUACUGCUUAAGAUAGACAGGAACGAAUGAAUGCGAACGAUGCUAUGGAUUCAUUAUGCAUUUGCAUGUGAAUAAUAUACUCAACGUUCCACAUUGCGCGUACCUAUACACGGUAUUCAACUGGUACAGCGUAUGUUGCAAAACACGUCAGCGACAGCUAAAAUAUUAAAACCAACACCGGAGCCGACAGAUGCAGGGAAAAUCACAAAAACCCUAGUGUGAUGAAUGCACAUACAGGGCCUACAGCACUUGGGUUUACAAAAGACAACGUGAUAUUUGUUCACAGGCACAAUCACGUGUACUACCACGAUCCAUKUUGUACCUACGUAAGUUGAGAUGCAGUUGCCAUGGUAAUUUGGUAAGGGGAAAAAGGUAGAUGUGUUUGUUACGUUCAUUAAAUCAUAGUCACCAGCAGUAAUAAAAAUAUWUUUUUUAAUCCCAGCUCUAAAAAAAUAUUUUAUUUUUCUAAUUAGCUUAUCAAUUACAUUGCGAUAUUGAUUCGAUUUAAAGAUAAAUCAUGAAAAUAAAUCGAUUUUGAAUCUAGAGAUUAAGAAAUUAAAUCAAGGGAAAAAGACAUACGGUAAAAUAGGUUAGGUAUAGAGUCGGUUCACAGUCGUUUUCAAUCGGACAAGGCCAACGUGGCAUAUCCGCCAAUCAAAAAUGCGCUUAUAAUUGGAUAGAUUGGAGAAUGAUUUGCGUAUACUUARGAAAACUUUUGGAAUCAACGUCUUGUUGGUCGCGUGUGAUUAUCGAUCUUGUCAUGCGCCAGGGUUAAAGCCUUUUUUCCAAUACUAGUUCGGGGGGAAACUGGAGAAAAAGUAGUCUUUAUUGAAACUAAGGAUGAGAAAAAAAAAAAUGAAAAAAAUGUUUUAAGAUGGCAGUUUUGGUGGAUCUUUUCCAGGCUUGUACUUAGAGGGCUGGUCAGUAUUAGCGGUGCCAUGCAUUUUGGCAACCUUCAAGUUAUGUAGAAAACAUAUUUCAUUCGGUUACACAUCUCACUGCAUUGGUUAACGUGACUUUUUUUAACGUGAAUUUCCUUAAACCUUACUGACUGAACAGCCCGCCUUAUACAAGAGGAAGAAGGAGUACGUCUAGGACCCGUAACUUAGCGCGAUCACGUGUCAMCAGCCAUGUUGGAUGACAAGAACAACUGAGAAAAAAUGAAUAUUAUUGUUCUGUUAUCCAACAUGGCGGCCUCCAGGUGGUGGUGUAACCACCCAGUGACAUAGUAAAUUAAUUGACCAGUAGCUAUUUCAAUAGGCUGAUUAACUACAUGCAUGUAUUUGUAGAGAAGACGUGAAAAACUUGUAAUAAGCAAAAUAGUAUAGAAAGAAGAAAUUGACUUUAAUUGUUGAUGAUGAAGUUUUCGAAAAUAAAAAAAAAUAAAAUGUACGUGCCUUCAUUACGGCAUCA